CUUGCUGGGAAGUGGCCCUCUUCCUCUACCCCUGCCUGCUGCUCCCCUCCCUCCCAACCACCCUGCAGGGUCCUCAGCUCCAAGUCUUCUCCUCCCAGCUUGCUCGGCUCUGCCAGCUCCCAGAGGACAGCAGGUCAUUUUGGGUCCAAUAAGGCAUGAUGACCCAAAACAAGGUGACCGUGAACGGAGUUGAUGUGGUCUCUACGCUGUCCCAGCCCACCCACAUUGAUAUCCACAUCCACCAGGAAUCGGCCUUGACACAGCUGCUGAAAGCUGGGGCUUCCCUGAAGCAGUUCAUUUCACGCCCUCGGGAUACUGGGCCUUCUGGGGCCAGGAUAAACAAUGCUCAGCUGGCUCUGGGGGUGACCCAGAUAUUGCUGGGGGUUGUGAGCUGUACUCUCGGAGUGGGUCUCUACUUUGGGCCUGGGACCGGGUCGGAGCUGCGGGCCUCUGGCUGUGCCUUCUGGGCAGGCUGUGUGGCCAUCAUAGCCGGAGCUGGGGCCAUCGCCCAUGAGAAGUACGCGGGCAAACUCUCCGGCUGUGUGUCAGGCCUGCUCAUCCUUGCGUGUAUUGCCACAGCAGUGGCUGCGACUGUCCUCUGUGUGACUAGCUUGGUCUGGCAAACCAACGGCUCCUCCGUCACGGAGAUCAACUCUCUGUGUGAUGGUCUCAACACAACCACUAGUUACAGAUACAAGUGGAGGAGCUACAACGACAAAUGGAGGGAGGAGAGGUGCAGGAAUUACAUGGAGAAGAUGAUGAAAAUGUUCUUAGCGUUCUGUUCCCUGCUUGCAGCUGUCUGUAUCCUGAAGAUCAUCUUGGCUUUGGCUUCCCUGGGACUGUGUCUCCGGAGUGUGUGUGUCCAGAGCUCCCAGCCCCUGGAGGAGGAAGGGUCAGAUAAGAAGCUCCUGGGGGAGGUUCCCUCCGUCUCCAAGGAGAAGACCCCAACUGUGGUCAUCUUUUGAGCAGCCUGGCCUGGGGCUCUGCAUGUCCCUGUCCGGAACACCCUGGGCCCACAGGGAGAUGGUGACUGUCCCUGGGCCACAGGCGUCCCUCUUGCCUCUGCUGCAGCCGCUGUGCUGCCCUUCUCCAGCCCUCUCUCCCCGCCUUUCCUCCACCACGCUCUUCCAGUGUCUUGGUCCCACGAAGAGGUCUCGUCACAUUGGAGAAAGCUGAUUGAAAUAAAAAACAACCAGAAAAGGAAUUGGCACAGAAAGAUUGGUCUUCCUCGGUGUUUACACUUUGCGUGUGUUAUGAGAGCUUUCAGCCCACGGAAGCGAGGCCCAGCCAGGCUGCGUUUAGUUAGGCUCUGCUCCGUGAUCCCAGAGCUGAAUGGCCCCUUGCCAUCUGCUUCCAUUCAGUGUAAGGAGAGGACAUUAGAGUCGAAGGGAGCCGUGAACCCUGAUGGUGGGUUUUAGGAGCCACCCUUGAAGCUGAGCAGGAGUGCCAGGGAAGAGGCUGAGAUCAGGUGCCGAGGGCCUGAGACGCUGCACCACAGGACUCGGGCGCUGCCCUAGAGUUGGUGUUGAGCCACUGAACGACUUAAGCAGAAAACAUACUCCGAUUUUUAUUUCCAUCUCUUACUGAUUACAAACCACAUCCAACAGCCUGGAAACCUGAACAGGACACAUGAAGCUGAACUCUGGGUGUGGGCAGACUGUCAUUUCCUCCACAGGCCACACCAGUGCCCUAAGAGGCUAGAACGCUUAGGCAAUCAGGACUCACAGAGCUUAACUGGUUUACUCCUCUCCCAAGGUCUGAAAUCCACAAACCAUCCCUCAGGAAAACCUGAGCCCAGGAUCACUGGCAACCCCAACCCAAGGGAAGAAAUUAGAGCCUGAACCUCAGCAUUUACUUUAUGCCAGCUAUGGAGCAAGCGAAGCCCCCAUUCUUUGCCAAAUAAGUAAAUGCAAACGUAGCGGAGUCCAGAAGCCAAGCUGGGUUGAGGUGCAUAUUGUGUCAAGAGACAGAAUUUGCAGCUUCCCAUCACCAUAACAAAUCCCAGAGAUAAUCAAUUCACCCAAAGAAAAGAUUAUUUUAGCUCAUGGCUUUAGAAGUUUAGGCCAUGAUACACUGUCCCCAUUGGUUGUGGGCCUGUGGCAAGACAGCUCACCGAGGCAGGAGCAGGUGGUGGAGCAGAUCCACUCACCUCACGAUCAGGGAGCGAAAAAUAAAAACAACAAGUCUCCUCCACCAAACAACAAACAAAAACAUGGAAAGGAGGGGGCUGGGGUUGCACUCUUUUAUAAGAGCACACCCCCAAUGACCUGAGGAUCUCUCAUCAGACCCCAUCUCAAAGGUUCCAGCACCUUCCAAUAGCACCACUCUGGGGAGCAGGCCUUUACCAUGUGGACCUUCGGGAGAUACUUAUGGCCCAAACCAUAGUAGAGACUCACAUAGGUAGCCUUCAAGAAAAGCAGAUUCAUAAAGAGACGUUUAUUGUU